AAAUCAAACGUGCUUCCGCGUUGAGAAACUCUCACGUGCUGUGUUGUGUUGAGAGGUGGCUAGGUCACAGCUAACUAAUAAAGCGCCGUUUGAUCUUGUGUUAUCUUGUAUAUCAGUAAGAUGAGUCCUCUGUGUGACUGCUGCGGUGAACACAUCAGUAAACUGUAUCAGCAGGUUUCUGUGAUGAGAAAAGAAAUCAAGAACCUGAGGCAGAUGUUGGACAGUGCAUGUAGAGCUCACCGUAAACAUAUGGCAUCUCUUCAGUCUGCUGUGUCAAAGAUUGGACUCUGUGACCCUGACAAAGACCAUAUACCAGCACCACCUUCACCAGCACCACCGCAGACUGCAUUAGAGCGAGGAAAUAUCCAGACAGUCCCAAUUGGUUACAUCAGCUCCUGCUUCUCUGUGAAGAAUGGGACACCCAGACAGCCCACCAUCUGUGGCCCAUCAAGAGCAGAACUGCGCAUUCAGCAGAGCAUCUUCAAUAACCCAGGGCAUGCUCUGGUGGGAUUGGAACAGUACUCUCAUGUUUGGAUCAUCUUUGUCUUUCAUAAAAAUGGGCACUUGACUUAUAAAGCCAAAGUGAAGCCUCCUAGACUCAAUGGUCAGAGAGUUGGUGUGUACUCGACACGCAGUCCGCACCGACCAAAUGCACUGGGCCUAACUCUGGCUAAGCUGGAUAAAAUUGUGGGCGACACAAUAUUUCUGUCAGACAUUGACAUGAUUGAAGGUACCCCAGUCCUGGACAUUAAACCCUACAUCCCAGAAUAUGACUCCCUCAAUACCAGGGUUGUCAUGGACUCUGAUUCAAACCCAGACCAACCAAAUGCAACUACUAUAGAGGAGUCAAACAUCUUAAACCUCUGUAACUAUUCAGAGACAGAUGCUCAGUCAACCUUUAAAGGGGAAAGACUUGAAGAUGAUGUGGAGAGUUUCCUCUCAAGAGUCAAAUCUGAAGCUGAUAUUCUAGUCUCAGAUUCAUCUAGAGUCAAUGCUCAGUUUUCCCUGUCCAAAGACCUUUACAGUGUGCUGGAAGGGGUCAAGGCCUAUGUGAACCAAGGUGACUCUUGUCAAAGUGAGGACCAAGUUUCAGACUGCCCUAAAACCAAGCCUCCAGAGUUGACAGUUGACCACCCCUGCUAUGGAGGGGAGACCUACAGUAUCAUUGCUGGCUGGAUCAAAGAGCCUCCUGUUGGCAUUCUGGAUGUACGCUUUACCCCUCAUGCUGAGAAGGAAUUAGCAGAAUUCCUUCCCGCACACCUGUCAGGACCCUGUGAAAGUGACAGACCCAAGUUCCAGUUUCUGUGCAGUCCAGAGGAGGCUGCUGCCGCCAUCAGAGGGGUUCUGUCUGCAGAUCCGCGGUCAGUCUAUAGGAGGACACGCUGCAGAGACAGACUCUUUUUCUUCACCAUCGACACGGCUGACAUCACAUGCUGGUUUGGACAAGGCUUUGCUGAGGUGUUGCAGGUCCGACCUGUCACGUGCCAUAUUGCCUCAAUGUGAGAAACUCUUUCAGUGAAAGCUUUGCAGCACUAUAGUGAUGCUUUUUGGUAGACAAUAGUUCAUUUUUUAUCUCUUGGUCCACUGCAAAUCUAGUACAUUUUAAACAUCUUUAUUUGAAAUUUUAAAGACUUGCCUACUUGUCCCAUACAUCCUGAUUAUUUUGUUUACACACAGUUGUUCUAGGCAGGUAUUGAUCUAUAUUUUUGCUCACAGUAUUGUUUUCUGUUACAUUUAUUGUUUGUCUUUAUGUGGAAGACUGGACCUUUAUUUACAGUGAAAAAAUAAACUCAGUGAUAACGAG